AACAAGCUGUCCUGCAGUUGGACCUCCAACCACCACAUGGCCAACAUCUUUGACUUCACGCUGGACGAGCUGCAGAGUCUCAAGAGCAGCUCCAGUAGGACGGUCAGUAUCGAUCAGGACUCCACUGAUGCUUCAACUUCAGGAUCUGCUACAACCAGCACCUCUUAUCACUUCAGGAGGAGGGUGGGCAGCAGGAAGAGGAAGUUGCCUAGCAACAGCUACAGCCAGUGGGCCAAUCGCAGCGAGGCAGGGGAGGAGCCUCCUGGUAUGCUGGAGGACGCAGAAGAAGCGUCAGACUCCCCCCACUUCCUGUCAGACCCCCCCCAGAUCCCGUCUGACUCCUCCCUCUCCUCCAUCUUCGGCGUGGGCGAGCGGUACCAGGUGCUGGCGCGCCGUGUCACCCCGCAGGGGGGGGUGCAGUACUUACUGGAGUGGGAGGGGCCAACGCCAUAUUAGGAAGAGCUUUGAUUUCUCCCUGUCUCGGCCAAUCAGAGCUCUCUGGGCCAAUCAGAGCUCUCUGGGCCAAUCAGAG